AUGCUGGGCGUCCCUAUUACAAAUGCCUCUCUUGCUCCAGGUUUCUUACGUUCGCCGACAACCGGGGUAUACGCUAUCUCAACGAGGCAUGCGACUGUGAGGAGCCGAAGCCGAGCAGGUGCCAGCUCAAUGGACAUGACCACAGGGUUCCCUUUGGCCUUCAUCUGGUUUGCAGCUCCGGGGAGUGCGACUUUUACAGAAUUUAUGUCGGGAAGGACGGUCGACAGUUUUCUGCACGGGACCCCAGAGUGUUGGAUGCAGGAAAGGAGCUUGGCUAUUUCUAGGAAGAGCUGCCGGUCUCCAUGUGCAUCUUUUAGACUUGGGUCAAAUAGGCCAUACUAUAGGCAGCUGGAUGCAUGCUUUCUUGGCAGGCUGCGUAAUGUAUAA